ACCACGGGAGCAGCACCAGGGCCGCCCCGCCAAGAGAGAGCAGAGCAGCACUCGGCUGCCUCGCCUCAUUGACCCCUCUUCACUGCCAGACCCUCUGGCAGGAUGCUUCGAAGCUGGCCCCUCUCCUCACUCCGUCAACAAAGCGCGGGCGGGCAUGCCAGAGCGGCGCGGCGCCUUCACUCGUUCCUCGUCGUCCUCACACCCCGCCCGACACUCGACGCUACCGUCAAUUGUACCUUUUUCCCUUCAUUCCCGAUCUCCUACCACUCCACGCACCAAUAACUUUACGCUCUUUCCCUCUCUCACAUCAACGUCAGCUCUCUUCAGGCAAGGGCAGCAUCAACGAACCAAGCAAAACCGCUACUUCCUCCCUCCUCUCUUCUCACCAUGGACGUGUUGAUGGGCGGCUCGCUGCGAAAACGAGCCGAUGAGGUUGCGUGCGCCAGUCAAGCCCUCUACACAUAUCCGACUGCUUCAGAUGUCGUCGACUCUUCUGUCAACACUAUCGUGAAGUGGGACAAGACCUGCCUCGACUCUGGUACCAACAAGAUCGACAUCUACCUGUAUGCACCUACGUCUGCGAAAGCCAACCUACCCAUUCACGCUUGGGUCGAGGUACCUGCUGACAAGGGCUCCUACGAUAUCAAGCUCAAGCCUGCAUGGUGGAACGUCACCACUACGCUCUCACAGCAGACGCCUUUGAGUCUCAACAUCGUCAAAUCUGGCAAUGAGCCGUGGGACUCGUCGAACCCUGUUGGGCCCACUUUUCAGGCCCUUUACACGGCUCCAGCUCCGGGCAAAGACCCCCCUAGCGAUGCCGUCCAAUCGAGCGAGACCAAGAAGCUUAUCCAAGCCUUCAUCCAGGGAGGCCAAUUGACGGGAGCAGGAAAGACGGCCGCUAUCGUUUGCCCGAUCAUUGUCGUCGUCGUCGCCCUGGGCAUCUUCAUCCGCAAGCUGCACAUCAACCGUAACAACAAGACAGCAGACUGGGCCGACCACAUGGACAAGCGCAUGUCACGCAUUUCCCUCGACUGGACGAGCGGUGGUGAUGGUUCAGCAGGUCCAGUACCAGGCAGUCGACCCGCCUCAUACUACAAUGCGCAGCGCCCCUCGGGCAACUUUGCUCGCCCCUCUGCCAACUUUGCACGCGCGAAUGCAGACACGCGCAGCGUUGCUAGCACCAACUUCGCAGGACGAGGUGUUGGUGCAGCUCGCGCUAUUCACGGCAUCGACAACGUCGAGCCAGACUUUGUCGACGAGCACGAGAUGCAGGCGAGGCCGAGGGGUCAGUCGAUGUACGACGAGGGAAACCGUCAGUCGAGGAUUUCAUUUGCCAACGAGACGGCUGGCGACCGCGUCUCCCGCAUCUCGUUUGCUCCCUCGAGCCAGCAGGAACAUUCUUUCACUCGUGGACACAAGAACUCUGCGUCGAUCCCUCGUGUCGGUCAGAACGGUCGUCAGCGUUCCGUCUACUCGGCCGCCGACCCGGACGCUCCGGCCGUCCCCGCCGUCGACCCAUCGUACAGGAUGCGAGACAGCGCCGCCUACGCCGACGCGACGCAGGACUAUGACGAUGCCGAGGAGCUGGCCGACGACGAUGUCGGCGGGGCUCAUGCCUUGGGAGCCAAUGACGUGCAAGACCGCAUGCGUGCAACGAGCGCAAUGUCGAACCGAGAGUCCAUGGCAGACUACCCUGCGGUACGCAUGCUCAAUGGCGAGGGAGGGGACGAGCAGAUGUCGACAGGCAUGGCUCCGCCUUCCAACUUGACGUCGCCGGACGACGCCAUGAAGCAGUACGCUGCCAUUCGAUCAGGGAGUGCGCAGGGCACUCACAACCGUACGGGCAGCUCGACGGCGAUGAGGACCCUAUACACGCCGCAGCCGGGACUGGGCCACCGUACGCACGGCAGUGUGACGGGCAGCAGCUUGAAUGAAGACGAUGUGGUGGGCUACCGCGAGGCCAACAUGCUUUGAGCAAUCGAGAACACGGAUUUCACGACCUUCAACGUCACCUGCACCCACACUCUUCUCAACAUCUCUACCGGGCCGGCCCCACCACACCACUCAGGAUCCCACAACGGACAGAGUCCUGCCUUACGCCUCCAAGCCUUUCAUCGUUCACGCUCUAUCAAGUCUCUCCGCGUUCUCCAUUUCGUCCUCCUUCGUCUUUCUUUCAAGUGCACACCACCGCCCCUUUUACUCUUCGAGCCGGCGACGGAUGAUGAUUCCCUUUUUGCUCUUCUUAUGUUGACCCAACUUUCUUCUGCAGAUCGUCUGCGACGCGAUGCGAUGCGAAAAUGAAUAAGC